AACAAAUAAGCUCAAAAGUAAACAAAUUGAAUGUGAAUAUUAAUUAAAGUUAAAAAUGACGAGUUUACGUGCGUUCGUUUGCAAUGACAUGUUUAAAUUCAAUGGAGUGAAUCUCGACGCAUUGACAGAGACUUAUGGAUUAUCAUUUUACAUGCAAUAUCUCGCUCAUUGGCCUGAAUACUUUCAAGUUGCUGUAUCUCCAAGCGGCGAGAUCAUGGGAUAUAUUAUGGGUAAAGCGGAAGGAAUGAUGGAAAAUUGGCAUGGACAUGUUACAGCACUUAGCGUUUCACCGGAUUACAGACGACUUGGACUAGCUGCAACAUUGAUGAAAUUCCUUGAAGAUGUGUCAGAAAAGAAGAGAUGCUUCUUUGUGGAUCUCUUUGUUCGAGUAAGCAAUCAAAUUGCAAUCAACAUGUAUCAUCAAUUGGGCUAUAUAGUCUAUAGGACUGUGCUUGAGUACUAUUCAGGCGAUGAGAAUGCUUACGAUAUGAGAAAAGCAUUAAAAAGAGAUGUAGAUAAAAAGUCUGUUAUUCCUUUAACUAAUCCUGUUCGUCCUGAAGAUAUUGAUUAAUUAAAUUCAUUCAAUAAAUUACAUUUUCAUUUAA